AUGGCAAAGUAUGGUGAAGUAACACGCACGGACUGGAGCGUACGUGCUGCACGUCCCAUGGACGUCUGCGUAAGUGGAGGCGACCCAAGCGCCUGGCGAUGGCGACUCGACGCCUCACCAUGUUCACAACGCGCCUUUGUCGUACCCCAUGCCUAUCGUUUGUUCGCCAUGUUCAAAAAUCUAUCGGAAAACUGA